CGACGGUGAUCGUGUAUUGUUGUGUGUUCACGUCAGCCGUUCUCGUGGCAAAUGGAAUUUUCGCCGCGCACAUUACAACAGUCGACCAUCGGGGACAGUCCAACGAUUUGAAAGCAACUUUUCUAAAUGGAUGAUAUUCAUUCAUGGUGGGAAGUUCCGAGUAUUGCUCACUUCUGUUCUUUGUUUCGCGUGUCCUUUGAUCUUCUUGACUUUGACAUAGAAGAUUUAGAAGCAGCUUUAUUGACAGAUGGAACUGAGGACAAUGGCAACUCAUUGCUACAGGAGCUCAUUGCUAGAUUGUUAUCUGGCUGCUUUGGCAAUAACAGUAUAUCUACUUUCAACUAUCAAAUGUUUUUACGAAGACUGUUUCGAGAAAAAUGCAAGGAGUACAAUUUCCAGAACCCCUUCAAUUCAGAUAUUGACUUCCAGUUUUUGCCACUUCGAACAAAAGUGGAAAUACUCCAUGCAUUGUGCGAUUUCAGAUUGGACGCAGACGAUGUCAUGGAAUCACUUAAGAAUCUUGACUCUGAUAGUUUAAGAGUGCAUCCUCUAGGGUAUGAUGAAAAUAAGUCAGCUUAUUGGUACUUUUAUGGUACCCGUUUGUACAGGGAAGAUUAUGAAAAAGUAGUUCCCAAAAAAAAAAAGAAAAAACGAGGGCGUAAAAAGAAAUGUGAACCUCCCGUUUGUUCUGAUACAGAAGAUGAAUUAGAUUUAGGUUCGGGGAAAUGGCAGGUAGUUUGUUUUACAGAAAGCGAUUGGGAAAGAUUAGCUUUAAAAACAGAGGAUUCAGAAAAUAGAGAUGUUCAAGCUCUUCAUCAAGUAAUCACUGAAGACUUUUUACCUGAAAUUCCCCGUUUAUUUGAAGAAAAAGAGAGAUUGCAAAGGAAACGCAUGUUAGAAAUGCAACCACGCAGGCAAUCUACUAGACUGGAAAAACUUAAACAACAAAAAGAAGAAAGAAAAAAGUAUGAGGAUUUAUGUCGCGAGCAUGAAGAAAAAAUAAAAAAAAAAGAAAAUCGAAAAAAACAUCAAGAGAAAAGACCUAAAAUGAAAGAAGAGGGAUUAUCAGAUAGUGAAGCUGAAAGUCAUGGGUAUUCUUCGAGUAGUUCUAAGGUGGCAGGCCGACAAACAAACAAUUCAUUAGCUUCAGCUACAGGUCAAAUUGUUAUUGAAGGUUCACAAAAGAAACCUGUGCCUAAAGCUACAUCUAAAACUGGAUUUAAAUCUACUGCUGAGGAUUUGCAAAUAGGCAUGUACAAAAUAUUGAACAAAUUAAAAGACCACGAAGAUGCUUGGCCAUUUCUUGAACCAGUUGAUGAAGAAAUAGCUCCAAGUUACUACAGGGUAGUGAAAACUCCAAUGGAUCUUCAACAAAUGGAGGAUAAGCUUAAUGCUGGGUUGUACGAAACAUUGAGUCAGUUCAAACAUGAUUUUCAAUUAAUUAUUGCAAAUUGUAAACAAUACAAUGGAUCUACAAAUGAAUAUACAGUGAUGUGUGGAAAUUUACAAAGAGUUUUCAACAUGGGGGUUCACAAAUAUUUAGAUUGGGAGAUGUCUGAAGGAUCUGAUGACGAAAUGGCAUAUCUUAAGAGGUAUGAAAAUGGAACCACGAGGUCAAGAAAAGGUAGAAAUCGACAAAGAAGUACUAGUAGUAAAGAAUCUUGUAACAAUACUGAUAAGGAAAAUGAAGAGAAAUUACGAGAGUGUUUAGACUCAAGUAAAUUUGAAAAUGGGAUCAAUCAAACGGAUGACGAUUCUUGCAGUUUAGAUUCCAAAUUAGAAUCGAAAAAAAAAGCAGCAAAAGAAUCACCUAAAAUAAAGAAAAGUACGAUUAUAAAAAAUACAAGUGCAAUAGAAGUACAAGCACUUGAAGAAGUUACUGAGCAGACAUUAAGGGAUAUAAAUAAAUGGUUAGAUGAUACACCAAGCUUUUCAUCAGCAAGUAAUUCACCAAUGGCUACCUUAGCUGGUUCAGUGCUGGAUGAUGCUGAAGUCACAUCUCGUUUAGAUGCAGAGUAUCGUCAAGCUCACAAGCUUGAUAAACCACGUUUGCCUUUCAAAGAAAAAAAGCGGCCAACAAAAGAAUCUAUUGUAUUGCCUUUAAAACGGAAGCGAGAAGUACAAAGAACAAUUGAUCGUCUACAGCCAGGUAAAAGUAAAGGUAACCUAAUAUCAAACAAAUCAGAUGAUAGCCAAACUACAGCCAAACAAAAAUUGAUUAAAGCUGACUUAGAAACAGCACCAACUCUUAGUUUAGGCACAGUAUUAAACACUGACCUCAUGGGAUUUUCUUCAAAGAGACCAAGUGAAGAUAAGGAUUUAGAAAAGACUGAGACAGAACCUGAAAAAUGUCCUGAUGAUAAUUUGAAUGUCAUAAAAAAAGAAGAAGUCAAGACGGAAUUACCAGAAGAAAAACCUGAAAAAGCAACACCAAAUCUCAGUGCAUGGUUCAAAGCAUUUGGAGCUCCAAAGACACAACCGACCCCCAAACGCAAACAAGAAACUGUAGAAACAUCUCCAAUGUACACUGCUUAUGCUAUGAACGAUAUGGUGCCUUAUGAUUAUACUUUAAAAGAUACAGAUAAAAAAGAAAAUUUGUCUACUGUGGAUAUUAAGAAGACAACCAUAUCUGUGCCGUUAGUUUCACCAGAUAAGCCAGCUCCUAAAAGACAAAGAAAAACAAGUACAGGUAGUAGUGUUUCUGAACAGUCUUCUCAAAAUGAUUCUUGGAACUCCCCUCGGCCUAGUUUAGAUGAACCAUACCUAUCACCCCAGUCUGGAAAUUCUCCUCAACAGUUAAAACCUUAUCAAAAUGUUUUAAACAUUCCUCAUGCUCCAAUUAAAGUUGGUUUCUAUCAAGACGCUUUUGCUAGGCCAAAUUCAGAUAAGAGCAGUAGCUGUAGUCCAAGAAAUCCUUCUAGUGUAAUGACAGCAAGUCCACACGGACAAAGUCCACAUCAAACUUUUACUAGUCCUUGUGACUUGCCUAGUGAUAGUCCUGGUAAUUUUGUCGGAAGCCCUCAUGAUGCUAGUUGUAGUCCACACAACAAUGUUGUUAAUAGUCCUAAAGAAAGUCCACAUCAUUUAAUAUUGAGUCCACAAGAUUCAAGUAAUAGUCCUUAUUAUAGUCCCCAUAAUGUAGUCAAUAGUCCAAAAGAGCAUGUUGCCAGUUUAGCAGAUGAUUAUCAACAAAAUCAAAAUGUUUACUCUCAGUACAUUGGAUCACAACAAAGUUCACCUCAAAAUACAUACACUGAAUUAUAUCCUCAACAACAACAACAACAACAACAACAACAACAACAACAACAACAACAAUCUACAGCAACUACAGCACCUGUUAAAACUCAAAAUAUAUUCCCAGUAAAGAAACGCGUUUAUAAUGAAUGUGAAAGACCUCAAGAGAUGGCAUUCACUCCAACUGAUGCUAGCAAGGAACAAGAAAGAGUAUUUGUACCUACUCCAGGUCAGAUGCCUAAUUCUAACUUUAAUUCUGAACUAAAUUAUCAGAUGGGCUAUCCACGUAACGAUCAAGCACUUCCACCUUACCAGCAAAAUAUGGAACACCAACAUCCACCAGUACCUGUAACCUAUCAAAAUAGUCUUAACUAUUUACAAAUGGCUCGUGACCGUUGUGAAAGUGAACAGAAAACUGUUCCAAAUUCAUUGUUUAACUACACAGCUCCUAGUCAGACUUUUGUGUCAGCACCAACACCACACUACACUUCAACUCCUUUGAACUAUUCAAAUCCUCCUAAAGAUGCUGUAGGUUAUACAACCGCUCCAUUAAAUUAUGCAAGUCGAACGUCAUCCGGACAAUUUAUACCUCCUCCUAAUUUUAAGCAACCAACUUCCCAACCAAGACUUAAUUAUAACAAUCCUUAUGAACAAUACCCAGAUCAAAUCAAUUUACGGCCUUAUAAUUAUCCUGUGCUACAUAGUAAACCAUAUCCACACCCAAUUCAAGAUAUGAUGUCAGGUAAGUCACAAAAUAUUGAUUUUACAACUGGUCGUCCAUUACCAAAUAUUUUACCAGAGAACAUUGGUUAUCGUUACAAUCAAUCAACAUAUCCUGGACCAUCUGUAGCAGAAAUUAUGAAAAAUAAAAUGGAAAUGAGUCAACCUACUUAUUCCAGUCCAACUAUGGCUGAGAUGAUUAAAGCAAAUCAACCGACUUAUGUAAAUACAUCUAUGGCAGACAUGAUGAAAGCUAAUCAACCAACUUAUCCUUCAAAUUCAUCUGUGGCUGAAAUGACAAAAUCAAAAAUGGAAAUUAAUAGAUCUUUAAUGAUGGAACAGUUACCCCCCAAGCCAGCCAAAAAAACAAGUAAAAAGAAGAAAGCUGCUGCUGCUGCUGCUGCUGCACAACUGCCAUCACCACAAUCUACAAUGGCAGUGACCACAGCACAAGCAGUAGUGGAACCUCCUCGUACUGUAGAACCACCACGUGCUGACCCUCCCUAUCCACAUCACUAUCCACCCCUUGUGAAACCACCUAUGUCAAGUGGACCAUUCAACUUCAAUCCCGCUAUCAAAGAUGGCUAUCAAGAUUAUCUAAAUGAAAUACGAUCAACUGGCUAUUUUGCAGACCAAGCUGCAGCAGCAGCAGCAGCAGCAGCAGCAGCAGCACAAGCACAAUCAGAAGAAAGAAAUCCAGCAUUUGCAUUUGCAAGGCCUCCAUCAGGCUAUGCUCCUCCACCACUGGAAGCAUACAAUCCACCUAACCCUUCAGAUAUUUAUUCACAGUUCUUACAGAGACAUCCUAUGAUGUUGCACCAAGGACUAUCAGGUUUUCCACCACCAGGGUAUUUAAAUGUACAUGAUCCCAUGAAUAGGCAUCCUCCUUGGAUAUAAUUCAAUCAGUUGUCAAUGUUACUUAGAUGUGAUUUAUCACUGUUAAAAUGGUAUGCGUGGUUCUUUACUUCUAUUUAUUUAUUUAUUUUUUUUAAUCAGUUUAAUUUAUCGUAUUAUCAUAGGAAGAGAAAAAUAAAAUUAUUAGUU